AUGUCAAAAAAUGAAUAUCAUAAAAAAGAUUUUUUAUAUCUCAAAUCUGAAGGACAACAAAAUUCUCAUUUAAAAAAAUUUGCUGCAGAUCUUUAUUCUUAUUCUAGAACUUUAUUUAAAAAAUAUAAUUUUACUGAUAUGACUUUAGAUUGUUUAGAAUUAAAUAUUUCUAACAAAUUAGUCAAAGUUGAGUUUACUAGGUCUAAUAAUAAAUCAGCAUCUUUUACUUAUCCUGAUGCUAAUAUUUAUGCAUGUGAUAAAGGAUUAAUCUCUAGAGAUAGUUAUAAAUAUUUGGCAGCU